CGCCGGGUCCCCCAACGCGUAUGCAGGCCACAGGAGAGAGAGCGUGAGUGCAAAGAUGCCCGCCGUGACUUUGCCUGCCCUUGCGUCAUACCCUUCUCAUUCACUAUUCAUCUUGAGUCACAAGAAGAGGCAAUCCUAACUACAAGACGGGCGCGCGCUCGCGCCUGACCCGGAUCGCCUCCCUCCGCAAUUCCUCGCCCUAUCACCAUGACCGCGGAGCUCCCGUCCACCUUCCGCCCGGCCCCUGGACCCGACGGCCCUUCUGAGCUGGCAUCCCUUCAGCCUCACAGGAGCAUGCCCGCCUGCCGCUUCUUCGCCUCCAAGUCCGGUUGUCGGGCCGGCAAUGCCUGUCAAUUCUCCCACGACCCUUCCCGCUCAAAGCAAAAGGGUCCAAAGCCGCCGCAAGGGACUCCUGCCGACGACCGCUCAUCAAACAGCAAUCCCCCGCUUCAGAUGCGACACCAGCCUGCCGCCCCGGUCGAUCCCUCCAAGGUGGUGCAGCGUCCCACCCCACGUGCGCAGGUCGAGGAUCCGCGCGAGUUUCAGAUCGCGCAGCUCAGGCGCAGAUUUUCCCCGAAUGAAACCCAAGAGGCAGACUGCACCGUCUUGACAUUUGACAUGAAGCCCUCUGAUCCCGACUUUCCUUUUGAUAUCGACGCAUUGGGCUGCAUCCUUCGCGUUCCGCUCAAUUAUCCAUCCGGGGCACGUCCAUCCUUGAGUGUCACAAACAAGGUUAUGGAUAGGGGCUACCAAAUCAACGUCGAAAAGGGCUUCGAGGCCCUUGCAUCCAACCCGAAACAGACGCUGCUGGGCAUGCUCAAAGAGCUCGAUCGUCAAUUGGAGACCAUUUUGACCGCGGAGAAAGCUGAGACCAUCAAAAUCUCCAUUGUCCCCAAUGCACCAAAGCCUUCGCCGCCGUCAGUCGUGACUCAGAAGCCCGCUGCUUUGCCUACGCCGUCAGUGGUCAAACCGGCUGCACCUGUCUACAGUGCCGAGCAAAAGGCCUUGGCCAAGGCCAAACGAGAGCAGGAGGCUCGCCAAUUUGAGGCUCGCUUGGGGAGACUGCCUCAAUUCGCAAAGCUCUCAGACGAUGCUUUCGUCGUGCCAGUAGAACCCCGGCGCAGAGGAGAUUUACCGGUGGCCCUCCAAGCAAUUAAGACGAUCAAAUUACUGGUGCCCCCAAUUUACCCUCUGGAGCCGUGCAGAACAGAGUUGAUGGGCAUUGACAGGCAAGCAGCCCGUCCCCUGGAAGAGGCUUUCGAGGCUAGGGUCCGGGAGAACCCUGCCAUGUCCUUGAUGAACCACGUAAACUACCUCUCGCAGAACAUGCAUUCAAUGGCGGUUCAGCCUCCGCAACCACCAGUUACGGUUCCAGCCCCUGUAGCGCAGCAAGAGGCCCCCACAGCAGAAAACACGACUGAACUUGAUUUGGAGGUUCUGAAGAUAGACCAGCCCGGGUCGCAACCUCUUAGAGAUGCUAACAUUGCAGAUGAAGACCGUAGCCACAUCAUCACGAUACCAAGACCUCCCGAAUGGACGGUCCAGCAAGGCACGGAUGACGAUGAAGACAGCUCCGACUCGUAUUCAGAUGACUCGGAUGCUAAGAGUGGAGGUGAAGACGACGCCGCGGGCACCCAAAUGGCUCCAACAUCAGGGCCUGAACGAGGAAUCAUGAUGUCAUUUCCUCAUCUGGAGCUCUAUGGCAUUGAGCUGAUGGAGCUUGUCUCCCUCAACCUCACCGUCAAAUGCACUCGUUGCAAGGAUCAGAUGGAUGUUACUAACAUCAAGAACAGUGCUAACACAAGCCAUACUGGCGUGCGCUCUGAAUCGUGCAAAAAGUGCGCGUACCCCAUGGAAAUAGGCUAUCGUAUGGAUUUGAUGCACGGGAAUUCGAUCCGGGCCGGGUACCUCGACUUGGACGGCUGCACGCCAGUCGACAUGCUUCCCAGCAACUUCGUCCCGACUUGCUCAGAAUGCUCGACGCAGUAUGGGGCGCCGGGCGUGGUGUCGGUACGAGGCGAAUCGUCCAUGGCCAUGUGUAGGGAGUGCCAUCACAAGAUGACAUUCCGCAUUCCCGAGGUGAAAUUCCUGCUGGUCAGCGCAUCUGCGGGUAGGUGGUGCAAGUUGCUAGCAGUUCGAGCGAGCCGCGCGCUACCCCGGAAGAAGGCGAAGGAGAAGUUGGGCAUUGUGGCAGGCCAGGAGCUGCCGAAGCGCGGGCGAUGCGCGCACUACGCAAAGAGCCAUCGAUGGUUCCGAUUCUCGUGUUGCAGCAAGGUGUAUCCUUGCGACAGGUGCCAUGAUCAGGAGGCCGAGCAUCCCAAUGAGCACGCCAACCGGAUGAUCUGUGGAUUUUGCUCGCGCGAACAAAACUACCGCCCGGAGGAUUGCGCCAUCUGCCACGCGACGCUCGUUGGGAAAAAAGGCUCCGGCUUCUGGGAAGGCGGUAAAGGCACACGCGACAAGACCAAGAUGUCGCGCAAAGAUCCGCGAAAGUACAAGAGACGGCCGGGCACGGCGCCACGGGCGUAGGGCGCACGCCCGCCUUUCAUACGUGGGCAUCUCACCGUUGCGUUGCGGGCUGUUGAGAGGGAGGAGCGAGCACUCGCUCGCGACUUUCCUACUUCUCUCCCAGCCCCUGCUAGCGUGGUAAGGAUGCUAGGCUUGGUUUGGAUGCGGCUAAACUGGUCUUGGGCGAUAGUUUCGGACGAUAACCGCUCGCUUCUUUUGUUACGUUUUCUCUUGGCACGUAUUAUUUU